AUGGGGUUCCAAAAACUCCACGAGCCUCAAGUGUUGCUUGUAGACAAUGACAGCACCAGCUCCACACCCUAUGUUAGUGCUCCUUCAAGCCCUCGACCCGAACCAGGAUCAACCAAUGGUGGGUUCUUUUACAGUGCACCAGCUAGCCCUAUGCACAUUACCAUGACUACUACCCCAGUGGCUUCAGUGGUAUCAUCAACAACUCAACCUUCUCCUCCUGGUCAUGAGUUUGAGUUUGGUUCUUCAGGGUCGGGUCAAAGUGAAUCCAUGACAUCAGCUGAUGGACUUUUCUUGAAUGGACAGAUCAGACCAUUGAAGCUAUCCACCCAUUUGGAAAGGCCUAAGGUUUUGGCUCCAUUGAUGGAUAAGCCCUUAAGGAGAAGAAGAAGAAGAAGGUCCAUGUCCCCAUUGAGAAAUGCAGUUUUUGCCCUUAAUAAAGAUUUAGGCCAAAAAGCUGGCGGAAAGAACAAUGGAACAACCGGCGAUUCGAUGUCGGGUGCUUGUUCUUCAGAUGGAAGAAGCUCAAGGAAAUGGGGUUUUGGCCUUAAAGGAUUUAGAAGGAGCAAAAGCGAAGGAAGAAAGUGGUCAAGUACUGUCUCAAAAGAGAAGCAGUCUGGGAACAAAAGCAAUGGUGUGGUUCAAGAGAAGCUAAGCAAUGGGAUAAGGAAAAAGAGGGUUCCACCAUCACCACAUGAGUUGCAUUACACUGCAAAUAUAGCACAAGCUGAAGAAAUGAGGAGGAAGACCUUCUUGCCUUACAGGCAAGGGUUGCUUGGGUGUUUAGGGUUUAGCUCAAAAGGCUAUGGUGCCAUGAACGGCUUAGCUAGAGCUGUAAACCCUCUUCCUUCCAGGUAA